AUGUCUAGUAAUAACCAUGAAAAACGUAAAGAAAGUAAAGAUGCAGAAUUAUCUGAUGUCUUGAAAAAAUGGCUACAACCUCGAAUUGGCCCAAAGUUAAAGAAAGGUUUAACCGUCGAAAAAGCUUGGGAGGACAUCGUUAAAGACAUUGCUAUAAGGGUUUUGUCUCCACUUCCGCUGGAAGACUUCGCAACUGCGAUCAAUAGGUUAUCAAAGCUCGAUGAUAUGGGUCGAUUUGGUUUGGUAGAAAAAUUACUCACAAUUUCACCUAAUCCUGAUUGUGCAACUGGUGACAGAGCAGAAAAAAUACGUGAAAUAAUGAUUGAGACAUUAGCACCUCAGGAUACUCCGAAUGGAUCGUCCUCGAUCGAGAUUCACCCGGAUCUAUUUAAUGUUGCUAGAAGUGUCCUUGCACAAUCUCACAGGGAUUGGAUCGGUACACGUGAAGCACUUUCAACCUUUCUCAAAGAUUGUACCGCAAAAUAUAAUUCUGACCGUAAUGUAUACGUUGUCUAUCCUCAUAUCAACGACAUUUCAAGGAAUUUAUAUAUGGAUAAAGAAAUUCAAACCAGUGUAGAAUAUUUCUUUUCCCGUAUACAAGAUGUGGCCAACGGGAAGGGCUUGAAAUUUUUUGAUCUCAUAAAACCUAAUAUAUCAAACUACGAUAAGGAAGAUAUGGAAGAGCUUUUUCUAUUUUAUUUUCCAAAAGGGCUACCUUUAGAAAAUGAGGAUAGAGUUGGAACUGAAGAGUUUGAGAAAAACCGAAAAAAUCGCCAACCGCGGCUUAAACCACCAUUACUUAGACCAAGGUGGCACAAUCAACAACAUAUGAUGCUUUUAACUUUACAAAAUGCUAAAGACCACACGAUGUCACGUACAGCCUUGAUUGAUGCCGCAUUGGCUUUAGACGAAAAAUUGAGUGCGGAAACAGGCUUACCGCGAUGUUUUACUGGUCAGACACCAAGAAAUUCGGCCAGCUCAUGCUUGACAACCAACGCAGACAAAUAUUUUAUACAGUUCAAAAAAGACCGUUCACAAACGUCAUAUUACAAACUUGCUUUCAUACCUGAGGACAUUGAUGAUGCUAUAAGACAUUAUAAUGAUUGGAUGAAGAAAUUAAUUGAACAUGAUUGGCCACUAUGCUUUGGGCGUGUGAAAAAAAACAAGCAAGCAGUCAUGCUAAGUGUAGGCGCAAGUAAUCCUCAACACCUGCGAUGCCGGCGUUGCGCACCUGAUACGAGUUGCGAUGUGAAACUACCGUCUUGCUCAAAAUGUAAAUCUAAAGGAUUUUUAUGCAUUUAUCCCCUGCGACCAGGGGUGCAUAAAGAACGCGAACGUCCGAGAGCCACAGUCAAGUCUACAUCAUCAAAUUCUCAGAAUAUUGAAAAUUCAACUAACGGUACAAAACAUAAGAAAAAGUCUGCAUCUAACUCCAAAAAAAGGCAGCAAAAUGAUGAUUAUUCCAGUGGAAAUGAAUCUUGUGCACUUGUGUCGACAGAUAUACUUCUAAAUGGACUAGAUCUUAGUUGUGUUCCAAAAAACCUUAAUGAUGUAGUUGAAAUUCGUCCAUCUACAAUUCCUAAUGCCGGUAACGGAUUGUUUGCCAAACGUAAUCUUCCAAUGGCAACACCGUUAGGCUUCUAUUUUGGCGUUCCAACGAUGGAAGAUGAAUUUGACCAGAAUAAGGAUAAAGUUGGCAGAGCAUCGCAUUACUCCAUGAGAUAUAAACAUACAAUUCUCGACGCAACUGACGAUAAAGGUGAACCAUUUACAGAUCCGAAUGGUAAAAUACAUUGUCCUUUCCAUUUCAUGAAUGAGGAUCCAUUUGGAAACAUGGUUUUCCUAGAAGGAAGUGAGGUUAAUCAAGUCAUUUGUUGGACGAAACGGGAUAUUAAAAAAGGUGAAGAAUUAUUCGUAUAUUACGGUGGUGAAGUUGACAGAGAGCACUGGGGUCAAGCAGAAGAUAUAAGUGAACCUAUUGUUUGUGCUGGAGACAGCGAAGAAGAUGAGAUAGAUUUCAGUGAUGAUGAUGGACGAAAUGAGGAGGAGGAAGAAGAAAUGUUAUACGACGACACGGUCGAUAUAGACGAUGAAAACAUAAAUGUGCCGGGUACACCCAAUUCUGGGACAAAGAGAAAAUUUUUUACAGAUGCCCAUGAUAUAUCAGAAAGUUCGCCACAAAUUGUUAGUAGUAAAUUUUUAACUUACCGUGAUAAGUUAUGGAGUUCUCAAUUUCCAGGUCGGAAUCGUGAUUGGAUAAUAUUUUGUUUUUAG